CUGAGCUCCAGGUCUCCCCUUCACUGCUCUGUGUCCUCUGCUCCUAGAGGCCCAACCUCUGUGGCCCUGUGACCUGCAGGUAUUGGGAGACCACAGCUAAGACACCGGGACCCCCUGAAAGCCUAGAAAUGAACGACCUGAAAUAUGGAGUGUAUCCUCUCAAGGAAGCAAGUGGAUGCCCUGGGGCUGAGAGGAAUCUUCUAGUGUACUCUUAUUUUGAAAAGGAGACAUUGACAUUUAGGGAUGUGGCCAUAGAAUUCUCUCUGGAGGAGUGGCAAUGCCUGAGCCCUGCUCAGCAGAAUUUAUAUAUGAAUGUGAUGUUAGAGAACUACAAAAACCUGGUCUUCUUGGAUAUUGCUGUCUCUAAGCAAGACCCAGUCACCUGUCUGGAGCAAGAAAAAGAGCCCUGGAAUAUGAAGAGACAUGAGAUGGUGGAUGAACCCCCAGGAUACAUGUGCAGGAUGUGCAGUGUCUUUGCAUUCCUGUGUACUCACCUGGGGAACUUUACACACUUAUUUAUAAGUUGUCCUCAAAUGUAUUUUGCUAUGUGCUCUUAUUUUACCAAAGACCUUUGGCCAGAGCAAGACAUAAAAGAUUCUUUUCAACAAGUAAUACUGAGAAGAUAUGGAAAAUGUGAACAUGAGAAUUUACAGUUAAGAAAAGGCUCCGCAAGUGUAGAUGAGUAUAAGGUGCACAAAGAAGGUUAUAAUGAACUAAACCAGUGUUUGACAACUACCCAGAGCAAAAUAUUUACAUGUGAUAAAUAUGCGAAAGUCUUUCAUAAAUUUUUAAAUUCAAAUAGACAUAAGACAAGACAUACUGGAAAGAAACCUUUCAAAUGUAAAAAAUGUGGAAAAUCAUUUUGCAUGCUUUUACACCUAAGUCAACAUAAAAGAAUUCAUAUUAGAGAGAAUUCUUACCAAUGUGAAGAAUGUGGCAAAGCUUUUAAAUGGUUCUCAACCCUUUCUAGACACAAGAGAAUUCAUACUGGAGAGAAACCCUUCAAAUGUGAAGAAUGUGGCAAAGCUUUUAAGCAGUCCUCAACCCUUACUACACAUAAGAUAAUUCAUACUGGGGAGAAACCAUACAGAUGUGAAGAAUGUGGCAAAGCCUUCAACCGGUCCUCACACCUUACUACACAUAAGAUAAUUCAUACUGGAGAGAAACCCUACAAAUGUGAAGAAUGUGGCAAAGCUUUUAACCAGUCUUCAACCCUUACUACACAUAAGUUCAUUCAUGCUGGAGAGAAACCCUACAAAUGUGAGGAAUGUGACAAAGCUUUUAACCGAUUCUCAUACCUUACUAAACAUAAGAUAAUUCAUACUGGAGAAAAAUCUUACAAAUGUGAAGAAUGUGGCAAAGGCUUUAAUUGGUCCUCAACCCUUACUAAACAUAAAAGAAUUCAUACUGGAGAGAAACCCUACAAAUGUGAAGUGUGUGGCAAAGCUUUUAAUGAGUCCUCAAACCUUACUACACAUAAGAUGAUUCAUACUGGAGAGAAACCCUACAAAUGUGAAGAAUGUGGCAAAGCUUUUAACCGGUCCCCACAACUUACUGCACAUAAGAUAAUUCAUACUGGAGAGAAACCUUACAAAUGUGAAGAAUGUGGCAAAGCUUUUAGCCAAUCAUCAAUCCUUACUACACAUAAGAGAAUUCACACUGGAGAGAAACCCUACAAAUGUGAAGAAUGUGGCAAAGCUUUUAACCGAUCUUCAAAUCUUACUAAACAUAAGAUAAUUCAUACAGGAGAGAAAUCUUACAAAUGUGAAGAAUGUGGUAAAGCCUUUAACCAAUCCUCAACUCUUACUAAACAUAGGAAAAUUCAUACUAGACAGAAACCCUACAACUGUGACGAAUGUGACAAUACAUUUAACCAGUCCUCAAACCUUAUUAACAAAAUAAUUCAUACUGGAGAGAAACUCUACAAAUGUCAACAAUGUGGGAAAGCCUUUAAGCAGUCCUUAACUCUUACUAAGCAUUAAAUAUUGGCCAAGUGCAGUGGUUUAUGCUGUAAUCCCAGCAUUUUGGGAGGCCGAGGCGGGCGGAUCACAAGGUCAAGAGAUGGAGACCAUCCUGGCCAACAUGAUGAAAUUCUGUCUCUACUAAAAAUACAAAAAUUAUCUGGGUGUGGUGGCACGUGCCUGUAUUCCCAUCUACUUGGGAGGCUUAGGCAGGAUAAUCACUUGAACCUGGGAGGUGGAGGUUGCAGUGAGCCAAGAUUGCACCACUGUACUCUCAUUUGGCAACAGAGUGAGACUCUGUCUCAAAAAAAAUUUAUACUGUACAAAAACCCUACAAGUGUGAAAAACAUGGCAAAGCCUUUAACCAGCCCUCAAUUCUUAACAGACAUAAGAUAAUUUAUACUGGAGAGAAACUCUACAAAUCAGAAAGAUGUGACUACUUUUGACAACGCCUCAAACUUUUCUAACCAUAAAAGUAAUUAUUCUGGUGAGAAAUCCUAGAAAUCUGAAGAAUGAGAUAAAGCCUUUUAAAUGAUUGUCACACUUGAUUGUAGGUAAGAUAAUUCAUACUGGAGCAAACGCCUACAUGUGUGAACAAUAUGGCAAAACUUUUAAUGCUCACACUUUAUUGCUAGGAAAGCAUUUAUACUUGAGAUAAAUUAUACAAAUAUAAAGACUGUGAAAAAGCCCUUAUUAUCUGCUCACAUUUUACUCAACACUGGAGAGUUCAUGCUUAAUAAAAGCAUUAUAAGUGCAAUUACUGUCAAAAGAUCUUUCAGAAAAUAUAAGCUUUUUUAGUGAAGUGUAUUUAUUUUGAAGUUGAACAUUACAAAUAUAAAGAGGAUUGUAGUGCCUUUAUCUGGGAAAACUGAAGCAGUUGAUCAAACUUUGUUCAACAUCAGGGAAUUUAUAUUGAAAAAUUGUGCAAAUAUAAUUUGGAAAAACAAUUUUUCAAAAACUACAGCUUAGAAAUCAACAGAGUUAUACUAGAAUAUAUUUUUUCCAGAUGCAGUAAAAGUAAAAUAUUUAAUACAUAAUUAAGUCUAUGCAAAUAUCAGAGAAUUUGUGGUAGAAAUAUAUAAGGUACUGACACUUCAGGUAUACUAAAUCAGAGUGCUGAGUGUAGAAAAUCUAAAACUAAAGUUGGUAGAAAAGUUAUUUGUAUAGAACUUCAAGAGGAUCAGAAGGUUUUUUGCAGAGUUAUAAUUACAUUCAAAGUAUACUUUAUUUCUUGAAAAAUAUUACAGAUUUUUUGAAAAUUGAGUAAUGUCAUCAUUCAACUCUGAAAUUAUUUCCUGUUGUUUCUUCAUUCUUAUUGGAUUCACAUGUGAAAGCAUGGGAUUAAUUGUUGCUGCAUCAAAGAUAAGAGAGAGUCUUUUAUUUGUUUUUUGAGACUGAGUUUCACUCUUUCGCCCACGCUGGAGUGCGUUGGCACGAUCUCGGCUCACUACAACCUCUGCCUUUUGGUUUCAAGCACUCUCCUGCCUCAGCAUCCCAAGUAGCUGGGAUAACAGGUGCCCGCCACCAUGCCCAGCUAAUUUUUGUAUUUUUGGUAGAGAUGGGGUUUCACCGUGUUGGCCAAGCUGGUCUUGAACUCCUGACCUCAUGUGAUCCACCCGCCUCGGCCUCCCAAAGUGCUGGGAUUACAGGCUUGAGCCACCAUGCCCAGCCUAUAGCAUAUUUUAAUAGAGGAAUACAAUAUAUAAUAAUAACAGGGUUAAGUGAGGCAUCCAUCGUCUGUAGCAUUUCUCCUUUGUUUUACAAACAAUCCAAUUCUACACUUUUUUUAAAAAUUUUUAAAUGUACAAUUAAAUUUGUAUUUACCACAGUGUUAUUUUUAUGGUCAUAAUAAAAAUUAUAUGUGAGUAUAAAUGAAAUUCAUUUCUAAAUUCUUAAUAUUUUCUCAUGCCAGGUGCGGUGGCUCAUGGCUGUAAUCCCAGCACUUUGACAGGCUGAGCGAGGGAGUGGAUCUUGAGGUCAGGAGUUCGAGACCAGCAUGGCCAAUAUGGAGAAAUCCUGUCUCUACUGAAAAUACAAAAAUUAGCCAGGUGUGGUGGCAUGUCCCUGUAAUCCCAGCUACUCAGGAGGCUGAGGCAGGAGAAUCGCUUGAACCUGGGAGGUGGAGGUUGCAAUGAGCCAAGAUCACCCCACUGCACUCCAGCCUGGGCAACAGAGCGAGACUCCAUCCCAAAAAGUAAAAUAUUUUUUUCAAAUUUUCUAUAUAUUUUUCUUUGAACAUGUGGCCUGUCUGCCUGCAAACGUACAGACUUUUAUUUUGAUUCACAUAGAGUUAAAUACAUGUUAGUCUAAAGACAAAUCUUAGGUGUAAGAAAAUUAUGGAGUUAAGUAUGUGUGUGUAUGAGUUUGUACAUAUUUUCAGAAGGAAAGAAAAAUAUGGGAACACAAAUCAUUUUAAUACGGUGACUAGUAUAAAACUAAAAACCUAAAAAAUGCUGAAAGCAAAUGUAUGCUUUUUAGUUUGUAUUGAAUUUAUUACUGUACAGCCUAUGACUUAGAGUUCUGAAUCUUCCCAAGCAAAUGCUCUGUAUAUACUUGCCUGGUACUCAUGCUAGACCCAUACUUUUUUUGUUUCUUACAUAUUUUUUUGUUUUAUCGUUUAGGAAGUAUUCAUUAUGUGAGCUGGUCUGCGAUUUUAAGAAUUUUUAUGAAAUUUAGUGCACACAAAAUAAUUUUUAGAAGUAAUUCCAAAAGUAGUGUAUUAAGUUACAUUUUAUUUAGUUGGAGCACUCCAUUUUGUUCUUUUAAGAGGAGAACAAUAUAUGUUUUCUUUAGUGAUUGUUCCUUUCACUUUUUAUAAUUGACAUAAGUAUACUUAUUGAGUCAAUUUGUUCAGCUAAGUAGUAGGGACGCUUCGUAAGUCAUGAGGAUGUUUUUAUAUAUAAAUGUAGCAAACAUAUAUUGCAGUUCUCACUGUGUAAUAGAUUAUCCAUAAUAAUUCAUACAUAUUCCUGCUGAAGUUAGUUUGUAACUUCAAGUCAAAGAUGAAAAAUAUCAAUGGUGAAGAUUGAUUCUUCAUAUGGAGAGGACAUUUUUUUUCCAGACUGUAAAACUGAAUCUUGCUGAAUUUAAAGAGAAAUUCUGGCCGAGGCAGAUGAAUCACCUGAGGUCAGGAGUUUGAGACCAGCUUGAUGAAUAUGGUGAAACCCAGUCUCUACUAAAACUACAAAAAUAGCCAGGCGUGGUGGUGGUUGCCUGUAAUCCCACUCGGGAGGCUGAGGCAGGAGAAUUGCUUGAACCCAGGAGGUGAAGAUUGGAGUAAGCUGAGAUCGUGCCAUUGCACUACAGCCUGGGUGACAGAGCGAGACUCCACAU